AUGCUUGGUCAGGCUGGAAGAAAGGCUCGAGUAGCAGCUCAGCAAAGCAAACCUGCUGCUAAGAAAUGCAGGGACAGGCAGUUUGGGAGCAGUGGCACUACUUCUGGUCUGACGUCGAGCCUGGCAUUCGCACUAGUGCAGGGGAUCGAGCUGAGCAAUCCACAAGCUUACGCAUAUCAACUGCGCAGUGGAGUCCAAAGUACCUACUUGAUGAUAGCUGGAAAAUCAGCUUUAGUUUUGCUUAUCAAAUAUCUCACCUCUUACAACUCUUACCGAAUAACAUUUUCAUUCUACUAUCUAAGCUUCUCUUAUGUCUCUCCUUUCAAAAAUGAAACUAUCAUCGUCUAA